AUGAGGCUUACUCCUGAGGGCGAGGUUGUUGUUCCGGAGGGGAGGUAUCCUUCUCAUCAUAGAAGACUCGGUGGGGGUCGAGGACCUGGACGUGGUGUUGCCAUGGCCAGUGUUGUGCAGCCAGUUGUUGAAGACCCUGGUGAGGGUCACGUGGUCUCUUCUUUGCCCAGGGUGGAAUGUUCAAGGGGAACAGUCUCUAUUUUGCAUUCAGAAGUUAUGAGAAUGGAUACGGUGGCAGUGGUUCGGAAGGCAGCAGGGUUGUGCGCUUUACGUCAACUGGAGAAGGAGCAUGCCCCGGAUGUGCUAUGCUUGGCUAAACCCAUGGUUCAGGUAUGUAAAUUUCCUGAUAUUUUCUUUAGUCGGCUGGGGUAUGCAGUGGAUUUCCUUCAUAAUGUUCGGGAUGAAAAAGUCCCAAAUUUAUGGAUUAUAUGGAAGUUGGGGGUUUCGAGACCAGUCGUUGCAGGAAUGUCUGAUCAACAUAUGUCAGUCAUCUUUGAUUGGCCAGGUAGUAAAGUGGGUAUCUCUUUUGUUCAUGCAAGUUCUUUUAAAAAUAUGCGUAAGCAAUUGUGGUUAGAUCUGGAGUUGUCGAUAUCCGCUUUGGUUCCGUGGUCUAUGAUGGGGGAUUUCAAUGCAACCCUACUCUCGCAUGAGAAAAGAGGUCCUGGUAAGUUUAAUCUUGGAUCAGCUGCUGAAUUCCAGGCAAUGGUUGAUGCGUGUAAAUUGCUCUCUAUCCCUUCUCAGGGAAAGAAAUUCACUUGGACUAACAAUCGUCGAAGGGGUCAUGUAGUUGCAGUGUUAGAUCGGAGUUUUUGUAAUGGGAAGUGGAUAGAUGUGUUUAGAAAUGUGAAGCAGCAUGUUUUGUUGUCUUCGGUAUCAGAUCAUGCCCCUCUAUUUGUUGUCUCUGAUGAUGUUCAAAGACCUACAAAUAUCCCCUUCAGAUUCCAUAGCUUUUGGAUGGAAAAUGAUCAAUUUAUCUCCGUGGUUGAGGAAGCUUGGAAAACUCAGAUAGGAGGUAAUCCAUUUUUUGUUCUGGCACAAAAAUUAAAGCAGGUCAAGAGGAAUUUAAAGGUUUGGGCAAGGGCUACCUUUCCUAACCUAAAUGACGAGGUCGACAAAGCAAAGCUAGAAUUAAAUAAGGUUCAAGACAUGAUAGAGGUGGCAAGGAUGAAUGAUGAAUUAUUUAACAGAGAGGCAGAUGCAAAAACAGUAUUAUUGAAGGCCAACCAAAUGUACGAGAAGUUGUGGACUGAAAAAGCUAAACUGAGAUGGAUGAAAAAUGGAGAUUGUAACUCGAAAAUUUUUCAUCUUUCAGUGAAGCUUAGGAGGUUGAAAAAUCAGGUCACCUCCCUAAAAAAGGAAGAUGGAACAUGGGUUUCAGACCAACAGGGAAUAUCGUCUUAUAUCUCUGAUUUUUUUGAGAAAUUUCAUGAGGCUGUUGCAAUCACAGUUCAUAAUGACCUUCUUGAUAAUAAUCCCAGAGUGUUGGAGGAGGAGGACGUGGCAGGAUUGGAGAUUGUUCCAAGUGGGGAUGAAAUAAAACAAACUGUUUGGGAUUUAGAUCCUGUAAGCUCUCCAGGACCUGAUGGGUUCCCAGGCAGCUUCUUCAAGCGAUGUUGGGCCAUUGUUGAGGGUGAUUUUUGUAGGGCAGUGAAAAAAUUCUUUGAGGAAGGGCGGCUUCCUAAAGGAAUAAACAAUUGCUUUAUUUCCUUGAUCCCCAAAGUUGAGGGUGUGGCCUCUCUAGAUAGGUUUCGACCUAUAUGUAUGGGGAAUUUUUAUUGCAAAGUGAUAUCAAAAAUUCUAUCUUCAAGAUUACUUGUUGUUUUGCCUAAAUUGGUCUCGGAAGAGCAAGGUGCUUUCCAGUAG